AUGGACGCACAGCCUCCGCACGACGACGGCAGCAGCCAGCAACCCGACAAGGACCAGCCCGCCCAGCCCGCGCGCGCAAACGACGAUGCCACCAUGAGCGACUCGCAACCCGCUCACUCUUCACAGCCAAACGAGCCCGAGGAGGAGCCGCUGCCAGACGAGAUCCUCAACGCCAGCGCAGACGACAUCAUGGCCAGGACCCGCCUCAUCGACAACGACCUCAAGGUCAUGCGGAGCGAGACGAUGCGCCUCAACCACGAGCGCAACAAGAUGAAGGAGCAGAUCAAGGACAACACGGACAAGAUCAAGAACAACAAGAUGCUCCCCUACCUCGUGGGCAACGUCGUAGAGAUCCUCGACAUCGACCCGGAUGUCGACGAAGACGCCGAGGGCGCCAACGUCGACCUCGACGCGCAGCGCAAGGGCAAGUGCGCCGUUAUCAAGACCUCGACGCGGCAAACCAUCUUCCUCCCCCUCGUCGGCCUCGUCGACCCCGCCACCCUCCGCCCGAAAGACCUGAUCGGCGUCAACAAGGACUCGUACCUCGUGCUCGACACCUUGCCUGCCGAGUUUGACUCGCGCGUCAAGGCGAUGGAGGUCGACGAGAAGCCGACCGAGUCGUACAACGACAUCGGUGGACUCGACAAGCAGAUUGAGGAGCUCGUCGAGGCUAUUGUCUUGCCCAUGCAGCAGGCCGAGCGCUUCAAGACCCUCGGAAUCAAGGCCCCCAAGGGUUGCUUGAUGUACGGCCCUCCAGGUACCGGAAAGACGCUUCUCGCCCGUGCUUGUGCUGCGCAGACGGACGCGUGCUACCUCAAGCUCGCCGCGCCCUCACUCGUCCAGAUGUACAUCGGUGACGGCGCCAAGCUCGUCCGCGACGCCUUUGAGCUUGCGAAGCAGCACAAGGCGGCCAUCAUCUUCAUCGACGAGCUUGACGCGAUCGGCACGAAGCGUUUCGACAGCGACAAGUCGGGUGACAGGGAGGUGCAGCGGACUAUGCUCGAGCUGCUGAAUCAGCUCGACGGGUUCUCGAGCGACGACCGGAUCAAGGUCAUCGCGGCGACGAACCGAAUCGAUGUGCUCGACCCGGCGCUGCUGCGUUCCGGCCGUCUCGACCGCAAGAUCGAGUUCCCUUUGCCGAACGAGGAGGCGCGAGCCAAGAUCAUGGAGAUCCACUCGCGGAAGAUGAAGGUCAGCCCGAAGGUCAAUUUCGAGGAGCUCUCGCGGAGUACGGACGAGUUCAACGGUGCGCAGCUCAAGGCGGUGUGUGUCGAGGCGGGCAUGAUUGCGCUGCGAGAAGGCUUCACCGAGAUCAACCACGAGCACUACUUGUCGGGCAUCCUCGAGGUCCAGUCGAAGAAGAAGAACGAUCACUUCUACUUCGCCUAG